GACUUAUCUUUACCGUAUCGCCCGUGUGUUGUGCUGUUCUGCUCUCUGCCGAAGUCCCUAAACGCCGGCAACUGCAGCACCAUGUCAACCACGCUCAGCUUUCUCAACCCUUCUCUACCCCUGAAACCUCGCCAGAAUCUAUCCAAUUCAAAUUCCAAUCGCCCCUCCAAACACCCCAAUCUCCUAAAACCAUUACUUUCUAGCAAAACCCAUUUCUCCAAACACCCAAACAACCCCCAAAACCUCCUCCACCACCACCUCCAAAACACCAUCCAACACCUCAAAUUCUCUCCUCUCCCAGCCUCAGCACUUGCAUUGCCCUUCUUUCUAGAUCCAAAGGAUGCUAUUGCUGUUAGCGGGGAAUUUGGGAUAUUGGAGGGACGGACAUUUGCGCUUAUUCAUCCUGUGGUGAUGGCGAGCCUCUUCUUCUAUACAUUGUGGGCUGGUUAUCUUGGCUGGCAGUGGCGUCGUGUUCGGACGAUCCAAGAUGAGAUUAAUGAGCUCAAGAAGCAAGUGAAGCCACUGCCAGCCACUGUACCGGAAGGAGCAGCUGCGGAGGUGACACCAUUGGUUUCGCCUAUCGAAACCAAAAUUCAGCAGCUCACUGAGGAAAGGAAGACCUUGAUUAAAGGGUCAUACCGGGACCGGCACUUCAAUGCUGGAUCGAUAUUGUUGAGCUUCGGAGUGUUUGAAGCAAUUGGUGGGGGAGUGAACACAUGGUUCCGGACGGGAAAACUCUUCCCUGGACCUCAUUUAUUCGCAGGAGCAGGGAUAACGGUGUUAUGGGCGGCGGCAGCAGCUCUUGUUCCUGCGAUGCAGAAAGGAAAUGAGACGGCGAGGAGCCUCCACAUAGCCUUGAAUACCUUGAAUGUCCUCCUUUUCAUAUGGCAGAUUCCCACUGGGAUUGAUAUCGUCUUUAAAGUGUUCGAGUUUACAAAAUGGCCUUGAAUAAUGACAUGGACUCUUCUGGUUUUUCCUGUCUUCUUUCUCUCUUUGAUUAGGAUUUGUAACAUUUGAAAAUGGUUCUCAGAUUUUAUUUUUUAUUUUUUUCACUUAUAUAUUUUUCCCUCUGUUUCAUGUGUAGCCCCUGCAAGUCAAUAAAAACCCACCCACGUUUCUUUUGA